AUGGAGGCUUCAGAAGGAGCCUCUAUCAUAACUGUAUCCCUAAAGCAACUCGACGAUCACGACAAACAUAUCGUCCAUGGAUUUAUCGAUGAUGGAGAACGACUUCGGUUUAGGAUAUACGGAACAAAUCGUCAACACACCAAGUCUCUGGCUAUUCCUCCAGGAGCUUACGGUUGCUGGGUCAAAUUUCAAAACAUCGCCUUUGAUCCUCAUCUAAGUACAAAGACUCCUGAACAAAUCAAAGACUACGUCAUUCUCAAGUCACAGGAGAACCAAAAACAAUCAGAUGGGCUUCCGCGAGAAUCCCGGGACGUUGAUCAAGAUGUUUCUACUAAAGUCAAUGACAUUCAAUCAUUACCCAAACCAGAAAUCCUUCUUGGAUACUGGGCGGACUCAAAUCAAGUGGAUACCAAAGACAAACACGCAGUAUUUGGUACUAUUGUCGUCAACAGCAAUUAUAAAUUCAGAUUCAUGAUUCGAAAAUCUACUCGUGAUGGACGUUUUGUGUCGGGCAAUGUUCCGGUAGGCGCUGGGAAUUAUCAGGUCCAAUACGAAAAGAUCGUGCUCGAGGAGCAUUUGUCUAAGCUGAAGCGCUCGGAAGUUGAACAGUAUAUUCUCAUUCGCCAAAGAGAAAUACUGGAAGGUGGCGAUCGUGAUUCACACAGCCAGCAACUCAAUGCAGUCAAAUUAGCCAAGGCUGCUGUAGCAUCACAACAUCCGUCAGACCCGAAUCUCUCUGGCCACAAUGUCUCCAACCCUGAUCCCGAGAUUGAACAAUCUCUCCAACGCAAAGAAAUAUCGAGAGGAAAGAUAGCAGAUAGAAAGCAGCCACCGCAUCUGCAAGGAGCAAAUGAUAAUUCUGCCAACGACACUCUGGGAGACCAAUCUGCUUCCCAUGGGAAACUGUCGGCUGAGCGACAACUUGCAAAGUCGAUGAACAAAUUGAACAAAGCAUGGGAAGCUCAACAGGAAGCGAAGACUCAACAGCCAGUCACCUCUCCAUGUCCAGAGGCUACUGCAAAUGGCAGUUCUCUGACCAACGAUAAUGUCAAGAUACACGGAGGGAUCAAAUACACGAGAAGACAGAAUGGUAUAUUCGAGGGGAAACAUGUUGGACCCCCGCAGCUUUUGAACAUAGAUGGAGAAGACUACGUCGAGUAUCGGGUGCUGACAAAAGCGACUACUUUUUGA